CUUCUUGAGUGUGUUGUCAAUAUAUCUCGCAAGUGAAGCUGUGAAGCUCCUCUCGUGCUCUGAUUGUGAUUCGCUCAUUGGUCGCUGAACUGUCAGCAGCUCGAGCAGCGAUGAGCCACUCACCCGGAGGACUGCUCACUCAGGACUCUUAUGAUGAUGUCCCCUCAUCUGAACUUAUGUUUUACUCAUCUGCCAACACCGUGUCCGAUGUUACAACUAAUGUUUGAUUGACUUUAUUUUUAAAGCAGGAUAAACUUUACGGAUUCAAGUUUUUUUUUAAUUCACGGUAAUCGAACAUUCACGGAAGAAAAAGCGCCUGCGAUGGACGCCUCAAAAUUGGUUUUAUUGGCUUUAAAGCUGAGCUGCGUGUUUUCUCCGGUUUGUGCUGUUCAGAUGUGUGACGUGGUAAAUGAGAUUGAGCUGGCAAAAGCGAGGUGCGAGAAUAAAACAGCAGGAAACGUCACAUCAGGCUGCAAAGGAAUGUGGGAUAUUAUCGCUUGCUGGCCAUCAGCCAAAGUUGGGGAACAUGUGGUUAUUCCUUGUCCAAAUUACUUCAGACACUUCUCUGAUCAUCAUGACGGUAACCUCUCAAAGACUUGCACUGCUGAUGGCUGGACUGAAAUGGACCCAAUGGAAAUCGCAGUGUAUUGUGGCUAUAAUCUGAAUGGCACUGUUGACGAUGAUAGUUUCUUCAGGUCAAUAAAGAUUGGCUACACCAUUGGACACAGUGUUUCUCUCAUUUCUCUCACUACUGCCAUUGUAAUACUUUGUAUAUUCAGGAAACUCCACUGCACGCGUAACUACAUCCACAUGCACCUGUUCGUGUCCUUCAUUUUGAAAGCCGUUGCUGUCUUCGUCAAAGAUGCGGUGCUGUAUGAUGUUGUUCAAGAGUCUGACAACUGCUCCACUGGCUCUGUUGGCUGCAAAGCUGUGAUUGUCUUUUUCCAGUAUUGCAUUAUGGCAAGCUUCUUCUGGCUCCUAGUGGAAGGUCUGUAUCUUCAUGCUCUGUUGGCCGUCUCCUUCUUCUCAGAGAGGAAGUACUUCUGGUGGUACAUUCUGAUUGGUUGGGGAGGCCCAGCGGUUUUUAUCAUGGCUUGGAGCUUUGCCAAGGCUUACUUCAAAGAUGUGGGAUGCUGGGACAUAAUCGAAAAUUCCGACCCAUUCUGGUGGAUUAUCAAAACCCCCAUAUUAGCUUCAAUUCUGAUGAACUUUAUCCUGUUCAUUUGUAUCAUCCGGAUACUGCGGCAGAAGAUCAACUGUCCUGACAUUGGGAGAAAUGAAUCAAACCAAUAUUCGAGGCUGGCAAAAUCCACACUUUUGUUGAUUCCACUCUUUGGGAUAAACUUCAUCAUAUUCGCUUUCAUUCCAGAGAACAUAAAAACUGAACUAAGGCUUGUGUUUGACCUCAUUCUUGGGUCAUUUCAGGGUUUUGUGGUUGCUGUACUCUACUGUUUUCUGAAUGGAGAGGUCCAAGGUGAGAUCAAGAGGAAAUGGAGACGAUGGCACCUUGAAAGAUUCCUGGGUCCCGAUACCAAAUACCAGCACCCAUCCAUGGGCAGCAACGGCAACAACUUCAGCACGCAGAUCUCUAUGCUGACCCGCUGCAGCCCCAAGACUCGCCGUACCUCUGCGUGUCAGGACGAAACCUCCAUCACAGUCUAACCUAGCAUCUAUAAUGAUGUGGUAUCUUCACACCAGAAUGAGACUUGUGAGAGGCCAUGAUGAUGUUCUACUGAAUAGUUCUGAAUUUCAGACUGUCUUAGUUCCUACAUAUAAUUAUUUGGAGGUAUGAGCUACUAAACCUUACAUUUUUGCUGAAUAUAGCGCAAUUUGAUGCCAUAGAAGUCAUAACGAGAUUCUUGUGAGAACAACUCUAUCGGAUCACCUUCUGCAACACAUAAAUCCUGUAAAUAAAGCCGCGGUGAUCUUCUGGAGAGCAGAGAUAUUGUAGUUCUAGACCUUUUUCGUCAUAUUGUGCCGACUCGGCUCUGCAGGGACACAGAUGCAACAGCAUCAUCAAGAAUGAAUGAUGAUACGCUGUAGGAAAAAGAGGUUAGGGAUUCUCUACCUGGGCUGCUCUUAUAUAUUUUUGCUUGUGAGGAAAGUAAAAAAAAAAUGGGAAAAAAGAAACAAAAAGGCAACCAAAAGUGGAUUGUUGAAUAUCCAAUAUAUGGAGAUACACUGUAGAGACCAAAUGUGAUGUUUCUUUGAAACAUGUUGUUCAUUUUUUUUAAACAAUGUUUUCAGAUCUGUGUGUGUGUAGGUACGUUUGGAAGCUGAAUGCCCUUCUCUGCACUAUCAUUCCAGAUCAGUCAUCCCAGCAGUGUCAACAUUCAGUGUGCAUGCUUGUUUUACUGUCAAUGUGCCAUGUGACAUGACGACUUUAUGGUCUAAUGUCAAAUCCUUUUGUGCAAAGAACAAACUCCAUUGUGACAUCAAUGUUCCCACAAGAACGGCCCUGUUGGAGCUUGAUAAAACUGUCACGGACUUUGACAUUGCUUAUUAUUAAUCUUAAGGAAUAAUACACAUCGACCAAUUCAUGCUAACAAUGGAAGUGGUAUUUAAGUGUUUGCACUAUUGCUAUUGAUGUGGCAUCUGUAAACUUACCAUCUCCAUUUUACUGCGGCACAAAAUA